CCUGUGCAAAACACACCAGCAGGAUCUGUGAUCCUGGGGAAGCUGCAAAGGAGGUAGCGAGCCCAGGGACGCGGCGCACAGUCGGGAGGAAUUAUACACUUGGCCGAGUGAGCAGGGCACAGUUCAUGUCUAGCUAUUACUGGAAGCUAGUGCUCUGGGUUAUAUAGAUCUAGAGUUCACCUGCUUGGUAGACUUGCAGGAUUGUGGUUUCCUAAACUGUGCCUCUUUUGGGGAGGCAGCACAUACUGUGCAUAGCAGCAGCGUGAAGAUGCAAGCUCUCCUGCUGGCCGUGCUGGUGUGUCUGGCUGCACAUGGAGCACUGGGGAGUCUGUCCCAUAGGAGAGCCUUGGAGGCAGCUAUUAAUGAGCGGGGCACGCAGCCUACUGUAGCUAAGGCUGUGAGUAACAGCACGCAGGAGCACUUCAUAGACCUGGGGAACUCUACUUCUAUGGUUAACCGGAUCAGCACCAUUCUGAAGGACUUGCCAACUAUCAAGAACGUGGUGAUUUUCGUGUGUGGGUUCAGCACCUUAAUUAUUUUGUGCCUGUUGGUUAAGAUUUUCAGAUCUGGAAAGAGAAUACGAAAAACUCGCAAAUAUGACAUCAUCACAACUCCGGCAGAGAGAGUAGAAAUGGCACCUCUCAAUGAUGAGAACUAUGAAGAGGAAGAUGCAACUGUUUUUGAUGUCAAGUAUAGAUACAGUAGGUAAACAUAUUGGAUCAUCUAUCACCUGAUCAGAUCAACCAGAUUUACAUCGGAUCCCAACUCUUAAGUGGAUUUUUCUUUAAUAUCUUCAUUCACAAAAAAGACUAAACACUUUUUUUUUUUUUUUUCCCCCCCCGUCAUGUCCUGUGGUGUCUCCUUAAGGAAUUUCAUAUAUAAGUCCGCUUUUAUUAAACCUGCCAAAAUAUCCAUAUAAAAGGAAAUGUUUAAGACGCUGGAGGAAAACAAAGAGUGGUCUGCCACUGUUUGUUGUAGUUUUUUUUUUAUUCAAGCCAAAUAAUUGUUGUGGCUUUUGUAUAAAGGACAGUGUGAGAAUGCCAUUGUUACAGGACAUAUUAAAAAGAAACCAAUAACACUCCAGGAGAAUCCAUGUACCUUUUUUUUUUAAUAGAAAACUUUCUCAAAAAUAAAUAAAAAAUAUAUAUAUAUUAUACACACUACCAUAUGCUGUACAACCAACAGAUGGAUUUGUGCUUUGAUUUGCAGCUUUUAUUCAGCAAAUUGUUAAGAUCUAACUGAAACAAGAUCUACCUUUGGAAAAUGCCUUAAAAAUUAUGGCAGGUGGUAUCUACAUGUGCUUUACAUACAACAUAACUAUUGUCAUUGAGCCACAGUCACUGGUUAUAUUUCUGCCAUCUUGCAAGUAAGAAGCAGUUUCCUACUUAUCCUUUCCUUUGUUACUCUAGACCACUACCAUAUAACUUUGCACUAGCCAUGAAUGGAGGACCUAAUGUUUCAUUACCAUUGUUGACUGUGGUUAAGCAGAGAGAAAGAGAUACACGCAAACAGUUGAUGGUAACCUACAUAUAAACAUUUUAUCAGAAAACAGCAUCUGAUUUUAUUGGCUUCCUUUAAAUCACCCACAAUUUGGCAAGGAGUUGCUGAAGAAUGUAUAGUCAUAUACUGAACGCUAUAUAGAGAAUAUAUACUUGUUCCUGUAACAAAAUAUUGUUUUCUUGAUGAUAUGAAUACUGGAUUAUUUUUUUUUUUUUACCAGCUGUAGUUUUUCUUUCAUUCAAAUGAAAUCUGACCUUGUAUUUUAAUAACUUGGUUAGCUGUAAAAAUGAUAACACUAUAUCAAAAUGACAUGACAAUGCCAAGAGAAUGGGGAAAGGCUGCAUUCAAUGUUUAUUAAUGUUUUCAGUUUCUUUAAAAAAAAAAUACAUUUUUUUUAUUGAAAUGCUCUUUAUCUGUUAAUGAUAUACGAAAGCACAUUAAGGAAAUGAUGUGUCUUUUAAACAAAUAGGGUUUUGAAAAGGGCUUGCUGAAAGAUUUCAUUUUCAGAUGCUCUAUAAAUGUUAUGUUGAGUUAAAAUAAGUUUUAGGGAAUUGGUAACUUGUACAAAAGUUUUUUUUGUUAUGUUUUUGGUGAAGGGGGGAAUGCAGGUCUGCUGUGUUAUGAUUCUUUUUUGUUCUGUUACAUUCCAUAUCUUUGCUGUAGAGCUGUCAUGUUUUAAAGUCAUUCUCCUUAAAGUGAGUGUAAAGUUUACGGUAUGGGAAAGCUAAUUCUGAAACUACCUUUUAUUUUAUAGCACUUUCAUUUAGCAUUUUUCUUAAAGAUACAACAAAUUUAAUUUUUUUAAAUAUCAUGUAUACAUUUGAUUAUUCCCGUUCCAACCACCCUCUUCAAAGGUGACAUUUUCACCUCUUAUCCAAUCAACUUAGCAGCCAUAUGGCACAAAAAUAAAAAAAGAGCGUUGCAGAUAUAUAUAUUUUUUUUUUUACCCCAUGCCAUAAAAAAAGCAUUAGCAGGAGGCAGCUGGACCUGCAAUAAUAUAACGUAUACAUGAUAAUAACAAAAAAUAAAGAUUUUUGCAAUUUAAAAUUAACGGUAGUUUCCGAAUUAGCUUUCCAAUACCGUGAACUUUACCAUCACUUUAAACGUAUAGGAUUGGCUUUCAUUUUAGAAAGAAUUUGGUUCUUUGAAAGGUUAUAAAUCCAACUCUUAUUCUGCUACAGUUUAAUUUAACCCAUUCAUUGUAUAAAGGAAUGUGGAAACAAUGCAUUAACUUUAAUGUACUACUGUUUUAAAUCUAAAUAUAUGCUUUAUGAUGCUUCUAGUCCAAUUCCCGCUUGGGCUACUUAUUUUUUUUUUUUUGGAAGGCUCCUAAAAAAAUCAGACAGAUGCUAUAACUUAAGCUAUUCAGUCAAAGUGGCAUAAUGGUCAAUAUUAAAAUGUACAUGAGUGCAUUCAGUUUUAUAAUAAAUUGUUGCCAUAUAUUUCUAUUGGCAUAAAUGCUUACAGAAAAAGUUUACGGUUUCAGAGACAUAUAUACAUGUGCAGUGCAUGCCCGUGCGCCAGCAUUCAGACGCCAUAUCGGCGAGCCAGCAAGUAUGGCAUUUACAUUAUACACACAAGCGCUUGCUCCCUGAGCUGACAAAAUGUUUAAACGCUGGUGCAUGGGCACUUGUUGCAUGUGUGUAUAUGCUGCUGAAACACUGAUAGCUUUUACUAGAAGCAUUUUUUACCAAGUAUAUUGCAAACAUUUUCCUUUUUUUUAAAAAAAUAUAUUUUUUAACUUUCCCAGUUCACUUCCAUUAUCUGAAUGUGCAGACUUUUUUAUAUGCACACUGUCUGAGGUACAAGCUCCUACUGCGCAUGUGCAAGAUUCACAUGAUAAAUGUAUAUGCAUUGUGUGAUUGGCUAAUAGCUGUCACAUAAUACAUUAAAAAGGAAAAUAAAACUGACAUUUGUCAGAAAAAAAAUUACUCAUGUGAAAUUCAUACUAAGCGCUUUUUGCAUUGUCUUUUAUUAUGCAUUUAUUGAUUGACAUUCUACUGUAUUUAAUGGUCUUUAAGACAAUUUUCUGGACCUAGGCAGAAGGUGGGAGGGGGGAGGAUAGUGGCCCAAUUUUCUAAAGCUCUCUUGGUCAGUUUAAUUUCUCAUGUCUUGUCAGUAUUACAAGGUCACUCAAAGAAUUUUAGAAAAGCAGUUUUUAUAUUGAGAGCUGUUUAUCUAUCUGUGCUGAUUAUCAUAUAAUAUAAUGAUUAAACAGAGCAUUUAUUUUUACACUUAGAAGUGUUGCUUUAAAAUUACACUCAACACAUCUUUUUUGCUUGUGUCACACUGCGUAGAGUCCAAAAAGAAAAUUAUGUAAUCUAACUUUGAAAACCUAAGUUACAAAAUUAGCUUUUUGGCAUCUAUGGGGAAAAGCCCACUUUUUACUCAAAAGCAAGUGGUGUUUAGUAUCCCUUUAAAAUAAGAACAAAAUAAAUCUUGCAGGAUACAUAGAAAUCUUAUUAAGAAGCCGUAUGAUGAUGAUUCAUACAUUGAAUUGGACUAACAUACAACUGCUCACAUGACUCAUGAGCAAUGCAAUAGUUAAUACAGUCACUAACAUAAUACAAUAAUUUACAUAAUACAUAGGACUGACCCAAGAGGCUGGAAGCAAAUUUACUGACUUCCACACACCACUCCCUAUCCUUCCCGAAAAUAUUAUGUUUAUAGAGUGUUUUUUUUGUACAGAAACGUUCUGCCAAAAGGAACUCAAGCAGUUUCUUCCUGUUAUGUUCUCAUAUCAAGCUCAGCCUCUGGGGGCCUUUUUCAAACCAUGCAUGGGGCAAACAUUCUCAAAAGCAGGAGAUAGGUGUAGAGUUUUAGGUUUUUAAUAUAUAUCCAUAAGAAAGUGAGUCUCAAUCACUUGGAUGAUAAACUUUUUAUAUUCUCACUAUUACUUUACAUAAUCAUUUCUAUUGUUAUACAUGUAUUUAUUUUCUGUAAAUUGGAGCAAAUGUUACCAACUUAAAGGGGCAGUACACUUUAUAAUUAGCUCAAUAUCUUAAUUUGAGCUUGAAAUAUAUAAUCCUGGAAAUAGUGAUCAAAACCGAAAGAUUGUAUGUCCUAUUUUUUUUUUUUUUUUUUUACAUAAGAAUUUACAGAACGUUUGAUAUAUUUCAAGACCAAAUUAAUCUAUUGAGCUACAUUUGAUUUUAAUAUUUACUGUCCCUUUAUUACAGUUUUUACUAUAGUCCUGGCAAAGUGUCAAAACAUGGGGUACAACUGGAUGAAACUACCCAAACCUUUCCUAUUAUAAGGCAGCUGCUUUUUAUGAUUUUCACAGCAAACCUUUACAUUUUCUAAUAACAAAGCUAUGGGGCGCAGUGGUGAUCUUGGGGGGGUGUAACGUCAGUAGCUUAUAUAGUUAUAUUUAUUAUAAGACUAUUUGGGGAUGUGGGUGUUUAUUAUAACAAGGUUUUACUCAAAUUCUUUAUAUAGUAUUUUAAGGGAGAGGGAAUUAUCUACUAUGCACAUUAACUAUCUAUCUUUAGUAUAUUAUUUUUAUUUUGUUGGGAGAGCUUGAUAAAAGAAUGUUAAUAUGCCAAUUAGGUUAUUGGUUAUGGGAAUUUUAUUAUAUAUACAUAGAUUCUGACAGUUGCAAUACUGAGCCAGUGUAUAAUACGAAUUUUCACUGGACUGUGCUGUGUUAAAAUGCUGAACUUUAUUAUAGAAACUCUGCAGUCCAUCAAAGUUACGCUAGCUAAUUUUUACUGAUGUCAAGAUAUUGAUAACAUUUUAAUGUUUUUAUCACAUGGAGGUCAAAUGUUUGAUCAGUUCCCUGAACGAAGUUCACAUUUAGUAACCGAGUGAGGUUGCUUGUUUAACAUACUUGCAACCAGGGGCUCUUCAAAACAAUGAGACUCUGGCCUGUCUUGCAAUGAGACUCUGGCCUGUCUUGCAAUGAGACUCUGGCCUGUCUUGCAAUGAGACUCUGGCCUGUCUUGCAAUGAGACUCUGGCCUGUCUUGCAAUGAGACUCUGGCCUGUCUUCAAAACAAUGCGACUCUGGCCUGUCUUGCAAUGAGACUCUGGCCUGUCUUGCAAUGAGACUCUGGCCUGUCUUCAAAACAAUGCGACUCUGGCCUGUCUUGCAAUGAGACUCUGGCCUGUCUUGCAAUGAGACUCUGGCCUGUCUUGCAAUGAGACUCUGGCCUGUCUUCAAAACAAUGAGACUCUGGCCUGACUUGCUUAUCACAGUUUGUUGCUUGUGUGCCAUUUUUAAGGGUUCACCUUGUAUCAGUUGAAAAUGACCCUUGGUUUUGGAAGUGUGACACAUACCAGUAUCCAUUGUGAUUUUUUAAAUGGUUAACUUGCUGCUAUAUGAUCUCUGUUGUCCUAAUGAUCCCUUUUUUGUGUUGUUUUUUCAUGUUCUGUUUUGUGGGUUUUAGAAAAACAAGCUAAAAAUAGAGUACAAGUACUUUGCCAUUCCUUUUUGAUUAGCUAUUUAAUUACUACAAGACCUCAUCUGUGCUUUAAUUACCAGUUCAUUUAAGCAAAUGAAGCAAGCUGGCUGCAGACUUCCUGUGUACUUUUGUAAUGCUAUGUCUGUGUUUAAAGUAGCAGUACUGCUUAUUUUGAGGCAAAAAAAACAUGUGGGUGUUAGCUCUUGGGCCAUGGUAACCAAAUAAGUAUUUCCUGGCAUACCGUAACACUUAUUUCCCCUGCAAAACCUGUGAAUAUAGAUCCUGUAAAUUGCUGCUUUUCAGUGAUUUUACUUUCUCCUGAUAAAGACAGUAUAUAUCUGCUGAAACAUGUUGGCAUAUUUUAAAUAUUUUUAUAAAUUGUUGAAGCUGGAAUACAAUUUGUUUUGUUAUCACCUCUAUAAUAAAGGAUCUAUACCUGUA